AUGUUUACUUGCACCAGAAAGGCCGCACCCUGGAGCCCUGGCGCUAGUGUAGCUCAACCUGUUUAUACAGGAGGUGUAUAAAGGUCAGGAGAGGCUUUAGUCUUGGUAGCUGGAAGGGCAGCAGCCACCUGGGGACCUACAUGUCUGUGGGAUACAGGGAUGUUGGGUCAUACUCUAUCUGUAACAUUUAAACAGUUGUCUGCAUCAUAAUGCAUGCAUCAUUCAGCUAUUCCUUUUGUGACCAUAAUCCAUUUAGCUUUGCUAUUUUGACCGCUGUGGUGAGACACUCUCUGGUGCUGUUGGAUAUUAGUAUGUGAAGAGAUUUGGUAGAGUUUUGGCUCAGAUGUUACGAAACAAUAGGAUUCAAACUGAUUCGAUUUUUGUGAUCCUUUGCUUCUGUAUCUCAUAUCCCCUAAGAAAGACUUAAAUGUAGGUGGAAUGUUGGUCUGGGGCAUUAUUCACAAUAACAGACAACAUUAUUGCUGAGUUAGUUCUGCUGAUAGGCUCUUUGUUUCGCUGUGUGGCUCCCGCAAUACACAAGGAAGAAAUGGAGAACUCAACUGAGAUUGUGUCUUUUUUGCUGGCAGCCUAUGGACAUAUUGGAGAGUUAAAAUACUUAUAUUUCAGCAUAAUGUUGUUAUGGUACUUGUCCAUAUGUGUGGCAAACACAACUCUUAUUGUAGUCAUAUAUGUGGACAAAAAGUUGCAUGAGCCGAUGUACAUAUUGCUAUGUAAUUUAUUUGUGAAUGAAAUUGCAUCCAGCACAUCACUGUAUCCUCUUCUGCUCUCACAGAUGUUUUCAGACACACACGAAGUGACGCUGCCGUGGUGUUUUCUGCAGAUGUCUUAUAUCUACACGUGUGGUUCUGUUGAGUUUUGCAGUUUAGCAGCCAUGGCCUAUGACAGAUAUGUUGCAAUAUGUUCUCCUUUACGUUACAACGUCAUUAUGAACACAGGAAGAGUAGGCAUGAUCGUUGUGCUUGUGUGGACGUAUUCAUUUGUUAAUUUUAUAUUGGCAUUAUCUUUCGUCAUCCGUUUGAAAUUUUGUGGAAAUGUCAUUGACAAAGUGUUUUGUGACCACCACUUAAUAAUUAAACUUGCAUGUUCAGUUUCAGCACUUAACCAAAUAUCUGACCUGGUUUUUGCCUUUGCAACAAUGGUUAUCCCAUUUAGUCUCAUUUCAGUCUCUUAUAUGAAGAUUUUGGCUGUUUGUCUCAAUACGUCUAAAGGAAGCAGACAAAAAGCUGUCUCCAACUGCACACCUCAGAUUGUCACAAUUUCAAACUUGUUUGUUGGCUGCAUUUUUCACUUUGUUGAUUCCAGGUUUGAUGUGGCCCUUGUGCCGGAUAAAUUACGUAUAAUUUUGUCUGUGUAUCUCCUCAUUUGCCAACCGAUGAUCACUCCCUUUAUGUAUGGAUUUAACUUACCAAAGAUAAGACAAUCAUGUGAAAAGUUUCUGUUUUAUAUAAAGUAA